ACCGAAAUUCCGCUCCCUUGAAAGCCGUAAUACACAUUUCUGCGAACAAGACAAGGUUUUUGUAUGAGUGACCUUCAGAGCCGCCGGGUACCGUAAUCCGACCUCCGGCUUCGUCACAAUGACUCAUAGCCCCUCGUAUCAUUUUCAAAGGCAACGAUCCCGCAUUGGCUGAAUAUUCCGUCGCACUGUCACGGCUUCACGUCUCCAGCCUAUAUUUGUGCGUCGCUGUGUUCAAUCAUACCUUGAAACAAACCGCCGAAGUGUCAAAUUCAUUGCUCCAGAUAUGGGCUUGUACAUCCGUCCAUUGACAAUCGAUGAUCUUGAUCGGUGCGUAACAGUGGAGGCCGCAGCCUUUCCCCCCGCCGAAGCAGCGACCCGCGAAAAGAUCGAAUAUCGACUGACGGUAUGCCCCGAACUCUGCUUAGGAUUAUUUGCUCGUGAGGGCAAAGGCAGCCAAGGCAGGGUUAUUCGACAAGGGACCACGCUGGCCUACAAUCCGUCCGACACCUCGAGCGGUGAUGACCUCAUCGCGCACACGAUUUCCACCAAGUCGGUCUCUUGUGUUGUGACAGACGCGGACAUGGCCGUCCCACAUUCAUGGAAGACAGACCCGACCGCCACAUACGACGUUGGGCACCAACCAGAAGGCAAAACUAUCACUUUGCAUUCACUAGCUGUCUCUCCCAAUUCGCAGAAAUCAGGUUACGGCAAAACGCUUAUGGCAUACUACAUCAAGCACAUGAUACAGGCGGCACAGACAGAGAGAAUCUCUAUUCUCACCUAUGACAGGCUGGUUUUGUACUAUGAGAAGCUGGGAUUUACACACUAUGGCAAGAGCCAAUCCGAGUAUGCUGGAGUGGCGUGGCACGAUUUGGCGUACGAGUUCAAUACUGCCUGAGCAUGCGCUAAAAGAAAUCCUAAGGGAUUUGGCAAGCUUCAAAAUCUGACGUACAUCCAAAUUCCUCCUUGGCAGCCGGGCUAUACUUCGGGUUUUCUUUUUGAAACGUAUGCUACAUAGGAAUAAGACGAGGAGUUUCAUCAGAUUCAUCACGUUUCUCCCGCCUGCCCUUGGAAAUCUACCUGAUGUAGUUAAUAAGAUUACCGCAACACACUGGCAUGUUCUCUUUGAUGGAGCAUCGAAAUCAUAACUUUCCACUGCCUCAAGAUAAGGGAUAUCCAUGUUCACGAUAUAUGAUCAAGUGAAUAGAAGAUGG